ACAAUCCUUCCACUCAGUCAUAUAAUCGCUUCGACGAAGCAAAGGUGCUGGUCACAGCAGUGAAGUCUCAAAAUGAGCGAUAUACUCCAGCGAUUAUACAAUCACUUUGCAAGAAUGAAAAAGGCGCGGGUUAGCAUCAGGAAGCCCCUCCAAUAGUUGACUGAGGCUCAGAGGUAAUGGAGAUUCCCAACCACCGUCCGCAGCGGUGAGCGGGAAUUUCACUUCACUCGCAGUCUCUCACCUUCACCUCUCUCAGGCUCUCACUCUCACUCCCAGUCUCCCACCUUUACCUUCUCGCCAGCCUGCUCGAUGCCACACGCACGUUCCACCAUCUACUUCUAUCGCCCACCCACCCUCUUGCUCCUUCUCCCCCUCAGCCCACUUCGCCUACCAGUUGACUAUCCAGAAACGCCCACCAGCUUCACAAACUUCAACUACAGACGAACGCGGUUUUAUAUACCACCACCACUACCAAAACCAAAGACCUAUAUACACCCACCUCUCUUUCUCUCCUCUUCUUCGGUCCCUCAGCGACCACCACCAAAGCUUCUUUUUCACUUUCUCUUCUCCUUCUUCUUCAUCCGCCGCACCAUCGCCAUCAUGAUGUACGGCAUUAUCACCUCCUUCGUCAGCCUCGUCGAGAAGUGCUCCGCUGGAGCCCCGGAGGGCAUCAGCCGUGCCGGCGUCGAAUACGCCCACGGAACCCUCGAGACGCCGGAGAAGAGAGCGCGACUUCGUUACGAUUUCCGCAACUUCUACUCAUAUACCACCAAAUCCCAUGGCACGGCCAGGGCCAUCUCGGAUAGAGUCUACCAACUCGCCGUUGAAAGUCUGGGCAUUGAGCCCGACUACCGAAGCGAGCCGCUCGAGACUCAUCAUGAGCUCGGCGGAGACUUCGAGCUGAGCCUGGAGCCAGACCUGGAGUGCGCGUCGAUGCACCCUCCAAAGGUCACCAAGGGUGACAACCCCACCGGAGUACAGAUCUUCGGUUUGAGUUUGGAUGAGGAAUCGGUCGAGAAACAGGGCGUAGGCGCCCUAGUCAGUGAGAGCACAGAGCAUGCCAACUCAGUGCGACGGGACUUCGGCGGUAGUCCCUCACUCCAAGUCGACAGCCGCUGGAUCGCUAAAAGCCCUCCUAGUGAGGUGCUUCCAGACCAGCGGAACGAGGAGGUGUUGGGGGGUUCUGCCCCCGUUGCGGACGACGAAGCUGCUCCUGUCGCUGCUCCCACCCCGGCGACAUCGCAGACGUUGUUCGACGUCUCCACCGCGCCUGUCGUCGCCCAUGGCACGAAGCGCACCGCGCAUGACGCCUGGCUUGACAACGACUUCAGGCCGGUGAAGAAACGCGUUCGACCGAACGACUGCCCGACUCCUCCCGCAGCACCAGCAGCACCAGCAGCACCAGCAGCACCAGCACCAGCACCAGCACCAGCACCAGCACCAGCACCAGCACCAGCACCAGCACCAGAACCAGCACCAGUACCAGUACCAGUACCAGCACCUGCACCCGCCAUCAAGAGCCUGAAGCGCUCAGCGCGAGAUGCCUAUCUCGUCGCCGGAGACUUCAGCAGGACGAAGAGACGAGAUAUGGGUGACGGUGAAUGGGUUGAGUGUGGCUCUGCUCCCCUACCCCCUCUCCCCAGACUCGCAUUCGUCCCGGCGUUUGUUCCCGCUCCCGCUCCCGCUCCCGCUGCCGCUGCCGCCCCUGCUUCUGCCCCGGUCCCAGCACCGACGACCACCAGCACCACCACCACUAUCACCACCGGCGACGCCACCCCUGCCGGUCCCUCGAUGACUGCCCCACAGAGGUGCAGCAUCACGAUCCCGGCAGCUGGGUUGGCCGAGCAAACCCAUUUGCUGGAACUGGUUCGCCUGAACGCGGAGAGGAGUACGGCGCAGAGAUCGCCACACUUUGUCAUGCUUGCGGCCGUCGACGCCGUCGAGUUCUUGCGCUACCUCGCGCAAGGUGUCUGCCAAGGCCGUGCGGAGGCGGUUCAUGACCUCCUGCACACAUGCCUGGCAUCUGGAUCAAACCGCUCGCUCUUCGACAACCACGUCUGGGAUUGGCGCAGCAUAAUGGCUGCCUUGAGCCUGCAGCCGCUGGCGACCGACUACCAGCACGUUGGUCCAGAAGAGCGAAGACACUUUACAAGUAAAGUGUUCGAACAGAUCGCCGGCGUGAGCAGACACCUUGCCGGAAAGCCCAAGUUCUCGAUGGGCAACAAAUAUACGAGGAAGUAUAUUUGGAGUUGGCAGGCGAUGAGAGAGACGGCCCAGGUGGCCGAGAAGAACUUGGUGGAGUUGAGUGGGAGGACGGGACAGAGCAAGGGGUUCUAUCGGUCGAAGGGGGCCGCCAUACUGGCGAGUUGGGGUCGCCCGGAGAAGGUGGAGGGGAAGGUGGAUGAGGAGAUCAGGAAGUACGAGCGCAUCGACAAGAUGGCCGAGUAA